CAAAUGACAGCUUUAUCUUAAAAUAAAUGAUUUAGUUUCGUUUUGUCCAUAAGGCACGAUGACCCAAAGGUAAUAAAGAUUUUAAAUAUGUUUGUUUUCGAAAACGUUGCUCCAUCUGUCAGUUCAGUAGUUUACAUAGUUAAGUUGAUUUAUUGGAAGCUCAUAUAAUGUGUUUGCCUACAUGUUUGGUGUUUCUUCGGGAGAAAGCAGUACUUAUCUAGCGAACAAGUGGCCAUAAUCAUAAUUCUCAAGGGUUCUAAAGAGUUCCUGCUACUAAUACAGAAAUAAAGAGGAUGUUUGGUUAACCGAGAGUGUAAAGACAUGGAGAAAUAUGCCACAGUCCUUACACUUGGCAGAGGAGGAGCAGGUGUUGUGUUGUUGAUGAAACAUGUGGAUUCAAAGAAAUUAUGUGCUGUCAAGAGAAUACAUGUGGACAGUUCUCGAAAGACCAAAGAGGUUGUGCAGCAAGAAGCAGAUAUUCUCAGGAGCCUGAAGCACCCUCAUAUUAUAACAUGGAUUGACACUUUCUUUGACUCAACUAAUGACCAUAUUUACAUCAUUAUGGAUUAUUGUGAUGGUGGAACACUUGAUGACCACAUUAAAGAGCAGAAGGGUGGACAAUUCUUUGCAGAAUGCAAGAUCAUGAACUGGUUUGUGCAAGUUGUCAUGGCAGUCAGUUACAUACACUCGAUAAAAAUCCUGCACAGAGAUAUCAAGCCUUCAAAUGUGAUGUUAACCAAGAGAGGUGUGAUUAAACUGGGGGAUUUUGGAAUAUCAAAGGUCAUGAACCACACGCUUGACAUGGCCUCCACCUGUGUGGGAACCCCCAGUUACCUGAGUCCAGAACUCUGCCAGGAUAUCCCAUACAGCACCAAAUCUGACAUAUGGGCUGUUGGCUGCUUACUGUAUGAGCUCUGUGCCCUCAAACCAGCUUUUGAAGCCAAAAAUCUCUUAAGUCUGUUUUACAAGAUCAUAAAAGGUGAAUACACAAAGGCUCCUGAGAGGUAUUCAGAAGACAUGCAUACAUUGAUUGAGAAAAUGCUUUCCUUGGUUCCGGAGAACAGACCGAGUGCAAGCAGCAUUCUUAGCAUGACCUAUGUGCAAGAACAUCUGGGGAACUUCAUCGCACAUCAAGAAAAAGAACUGACAAAAGUUAAUGCUGAAUCCAGACCUCAAACAAAAGAAGACUUUAACAGUGAAAUGUCAUCUAUGGAAAGCAGAACAGACAGUGCCGCAGCAAUCUCUGACAAAACACAGGGAACAUGCAAUACUGAGGAGGAAGUGGCCCAUGAAAGAACAGAGUCUGAUUAUUCAGAGGACUUUGACGAACAUGAUAGCUUGAUAUCCUCUGAGGAUGUUUCAAGGGAAGAUGUCUCCUCCAGCCCUGCAAAUGUGGUUGAAGAGAUGUCUGAGGAGUCUUGUGUUGUGUCUGAUGAUGAGGACAUCUCUGACUAUCCAGAUGACUUUGAAGAAGCUGAGGAUGAUGACCUGGCAGAAGUGGUCAGCUGUGCCAGAGAAGUCAUGAACUAUGUCUCAGAGAAUGAUUCCUUUGAACUGGAGCUCAAAGAUGCUGACGGUUUCUCAGUCACAAUGAAAGUGCUGAGAGAGAAAUACAUGGAAGAUGUUGGAGCCUCAGUCUUUGAGGAAAUCAGUGAGCACUUUUUGAAUGGCCUUACACCAGAAGAUCUGCAGCCACAGUUUCACCACAUGAUCGGGACAGACCAUCUUGAGACCUGUUACCUCAUAUUUAACAUUGACCAAGAGACCACAUGCUAAAUAAUGCAUGUUCGAUUUAGUGAAAUUAAUUUUCCAUAUAUUAAGAGUCAUUUAUAGAUCAGGCAGUUCUAUAACAGCCUCAGCAAAUACUGGAAUUGUAGUAUACUGAGUAUGAAAUCAACAUGUUGUAAUAUAUUUAAUCAUACAUUAAUUAUAAUUGUGAUUAUGGUGUUAUAGUGUGCUCUUACGGAUAUUUAUCAUUUACAAAAUCUUCUUUUGCACUGAGCAUUUAGAGUCAGUGUUCAUUCAGCACUCUAUUGAAAGUGUUUCCUUUUAUAACCAGUAGGUGACACUCUAUAGUUAGAAAAUGUGUGUUUUGGUUGUACAUGCCAGUUCAGAAAAUGGUUUUGGUUUGGUUCAUGGUUUCCCAUCAUGGCACCAUUAGUCAGAUCGUAGGGACCUGACUAUAAGAACUGCCACCUUUCAAGUUCACUAUAUAGUGAAUACACAAAUUAACUAUAUUGCACCCAAUUGAAUUAAUUUUAAAAGAGUUAACCCAAUUCUCUGCUUUAUUCACAAAUAAUCAUUCAACAUAUCAUUAAACAAUGCCUGUGAGUGUGAAAGCACAAUGUUGACAAUAUCAUGUGAACACAGGAUUGAUUUUCUGCUGUUUUUACCCCCCAAUUGAAAUGUAAAACAGGAAUCAGAACACAUUUACUGAAUUUAUCAAUUUAGGGGCCAGAGCCACUGUUCUGUUCUACACAAGGCAUUUUCCCUCAAACUUGUCCAGAUUAUUCCAACAGGAAAUUAGUCAGCUUGCCAUGCAUAACUGUACGAAUGAGACUCGUAUUAUAUUGCAUUUAAGAAUGUUCACAAUCUACCUCCAGAGAAAAGUGUGUUCAAUAAUCAAGUGAGCAUUUACAUGGAAAUCUGCAUCAUUUAUCUUGAGGCAUCAUUUAUCUUAGUAUAAUGUAAAUAAAAACGAGAAACUACCUAAAGGCAAUAGUUCUACCCCAUUACAGAAAAUAUUUUUUAAAUGAUCUUCACCUUUUGUUUUAGUGUCUAAAUGUUUAAUGUUUGUUUUAGUCUCAAAUUGUUUUUGUUCAAAUUGUUCCAUAGGUAUACAUAUAGGCUGUUUGUGAAAUUAAAGAACAAACUGUGACCCCAAAAUCCACAGCUGGCCAUGUUGGUUUCACAACCAGUCUGAUUGUUUUCUAGACAGAGUGCAAUAAAGAGAUGUAUAAUACUUCAAGCCAGAUAUGAAGUCUCAUAGAACAAACCUCAAAAACGGUACUUCACUUGAAUUUAAGAUAGAGUAGGUUGCCACUAAAAAGGAAAACAACACUGAACAUUAAAAAUUUACAUUCAAUCCCACAAAAUACAGCUCUUUUUCCAGGUUACAUUCUGGUGGGAGAGAGUAAAACACUUGCUGAGGACCCAUUCAGGAUAGAGCUUUAAUAAUUUCCAUAAGCCUGAUGGAUUGCGUUUGUUGCUUUAUUUAUCCCUCUAUGCAUUUGGAUGAGUGGAUGAGAGACCAGAAUAGACACAUGCAGGCCUGAAACUGCUUUAAGUAGCAAUCACCUCUAUAGUCUUUCACUUUAAACCUGUCAAUAUUUCAUCCAUAGCUAGCAACUGGAAAAGCUUGUCACUUGUUUCUUUGGUGGUUUGAUGCAUUAUUGAUUGAUCUCUGCAUGAGUGAACCAUCCUUCAGCUCAAAUGCGCUUUUCUCCUUGCUUUUAUUGUUUAAAAAUCAUUCAGAAAUGAGGUUAGGAUCCUUAUUAAGAUUCUUUUUAGAAGUGGGAGUUUCUGUUAUGCAUUUGAUUUGGAGAACAGAAAAAAGUUUAUGAAAUAUGAAAAGUUUAAUUGUCUUUGUUUAUUUGAUUGUUUUGUUUCGCUAUCGUUGAUGUGUCCUUGUUAUAUUUUACUUCAUGCAUGUAACAGUCUGCAUGUUUUCACCAAUAGUCAAAUGAGAUUUGUACAUGCUCAAAUCAAGGUUGUACUGUCUAAACUGUAUAA